AUGGACGCGAGUUUGGAUGAGCUGGAGAGUUGUUUACGGCACAUUGAACAGGAAUGGCCUGAACUCAUGCGCGAGAGCUGCAAUCCGCUGGAGGUGGUGAUGCCGCUUCUUGACAGCUCGUCUGUGGGGAUGGCCCACAAACAGCCUCAGUUCCUGGAACUCAAGAAUACCUUCAACCAGAUCCUCAAACACGCUGUCAACGAGCACUUUGAAGCCUUCAACGAUAGCAUUGGGUCUUACGGUAUCACAGUAGAAACUAUUCUUGAAUCACAAUCGAAUUUGGAUCGGGUGCGUUCUGAGCUAGCUACCGCGUCUUCGCUAAUGAGCUCUCCGUCCGAGGUUCUCAAGGAGCUAAAUCAUCGUCAAAAACAAAGCGGCGACAUUAUUGAUGUGCUUGAAAAGAUCUCUGAGGUGAAAGAGAAUCUGGAUCAGAUCGAUAGUUACAAUGCAGAGAAGAAUUUCAAAAGCGCUCAAGAACUCGUAAAUGCUACGUCGAAGCUGGCAGAGCAAUACGGACUUUGGCAAAUAGAGGCACUUUCUGGACUGGAACAGACUCUUUAUUCACAAUCACAGACACUAUUCGACGCCCUUCUGGAGGAGAUCAACGGGCUGAUCUACUUCAAGAUCGACGGCUCUCGCCGGACGGUAUAUGACGAGCACGUAAAAAGCCGUCUUAUAAAAAUGAGCACAUCCGACAUUGACGAUGUUUCACGAGCGAUCAACGACCCGUUGUACGAAUUCAUUCACAGUUUGACGGAGAACACGGACGAAGGAGCUGCGCCUGGCAAGGAUGUGCACACGUUUCAGCUAAUCAAGGAUUAUCUAAUGAUCACACACGACCUUGGAAGGCUGGACGAGGCACUUACGAUUUUAGCCGAGAGGGCAUUGGACGAGGUGAGACUCAUGAUCAAUAGAUCCUCGGAAGAAGUGCGAAUCAAAUACCCGGAGCAAAUGGAGCUAUCAAAAACCACAGAUUUUGAUAUUUUUGAUUUUUCGCUGUUCAACAAUAUGAGCGGGACCAUUCUACAAGAGCUGUUCUCGCUCCUGUUCAAGAGAUGUCUCUCGCUGUUGCAAAGCCAUCGGGCGAUUUUGGAAAUCUCUAAAAUAAGUGGGCAUUCUUACGACUUCCAGCAAGUCUGGAACGCGUUGGAAAAACAACUAAGUUCCGUUCUUGUGUCGUAUUUAGUGGACGAGAGCCUGCUGGACAAUGUGGAGAACGCAGUAAAACUGGACGACUCUCUCCCCUAUGCUAGGCUGCCUAGGGACUACAUUGCAAACCGCUCGCAGCCAAUAAUUCAGUUUGCUAAGCUUUCUCUUGACGACAAGCUCUUUUCAACGGGAAAUGCUCAAGGCGUCUUAAGAAAUCUAUUUUCGGGACAGCUGGACGCAGUGAAAGAAGAGAAGGGGUCGUUCUUUAUCGAGAAUGAACACACUACGAAAAGAGAUGUCUUGGUUGCGCCUAACAUAUUCAACAUGAGCGUCAUUAUAGAGGACCUUCUAUUUUUUGUUGGCGGCGCCAGCCACGCAUUUCCUCAAGAAGAUGGCAAGAAUCUGCUCCAGUUCUUCCACAAGUUUAUGGAUGUCAUUUUCAUGACGCAACUUGAAAACACACUGACCUACCAGUUUGAGCACACUGUGGAAACCGGCCUCUCGUUCCAGCGCUUUUUCACUCAUCUCUUUCAGAUUUUCAGCACCUCAAUGUACUAUAGAAAGCCCUAUGUCCAUGUUAUUCUACGAAUCAUGUCGAAGAUGGUGGCCAAAUAUCAGUCGCUUUUUGACGAAUGCGUGCCUCAUGACCUGAAUGGAGCGCGCUCGUCCUUGGUGUCGUAUUGGCUGAAUGACCCUCAUCUGAACAAAAUCUCGGCAGCUAUUUUGGCAGGCGAGCUGCAACUCAUUCCGGAGGAGAUUUCUUCGCAACUGAAAGAAGGCGGUAAACUGUUCAAGUUGGCUAUUCCGCAGCAAGUUCCUCGUUACGAGGUUUUGGCAAGACUACUGGAAAGUUUGGAAACCACGCUAAAUUGGUUGCCUAGAGUGAAGCACGAAGUUGAGCCUGUAAGCGAUUCAGGCUCCAGCAUGACAGCAUUGAAGUCGAACUGGCAAUUCAUGGACAGGGGCUCCAUCUCGACCAUCGAAAAUACAUCUCAAACGUUAUUCCUUGCUCUUAGCGGAGACGACAUUACCCAGUUUGACGGGAUUGUUGCCAGCCUUCGCGCAAUCACUUCCAGGAUUAAGCUAUAUGUUAGAUACACAGUGCAAAGCACAGCAGUUUGGCAUGUGACUUCCAUGCUGGACAAAACUAACUGGAUGCCUGACUCGGAAACGGACGAGAUCAGCGUCGAACUGAAUACCUUGAACAAGAAAAUGGCGUCCGUAAGCAACACCUUAGACUCCGUCGUGGGCUCUGACCAGAAACAACGGAUCUUGUGCGGCAUACCUUCGUUCAUUGACCAUUUGAUAGUCUCUGAGUCCAAUAGAAUCAUCAAGAUGAACCAGUACGGCGUUCGUCAGCUGUUUUUGAACGUGAGGGUUGCACAGCAAAUGCUGAGAAACGUGAUGGAAGACCCCGAGCUAGUGGAUUUCAAGAAAACAAAGGCAUAUUUCGAAAUGUUUAACAGCUCAGAACAAGGGAUACUGGACCGAAUCCACCAGGACUCCACCAACAUGUUCAAUAUCGAGGACUACAAGAAUCUGAUCCGUUUGGUGUUUAGUGAAAGUCUUGACAAAAGUAUGUCGAGCAGGUCUACCGGCUCCUACAGUGCCAGCAAGCGCUAUGCUGAUUGUAUACACAAGCUUGAAGCGGAGUAUAAACAGUCAUAA